CUGCUGCAGUGUCCAGGCACUUCUAGGGCUUGUAGUAUCUUAAGGGGGCUGGAGCCGUGCGAGGGACCCGCAGAGAUGAGCCCGUUCUUGGUGCUGUGCGGCCUCUUGGGCUUGGCGGCGGCGGGGCCUGCGGAGUUCUUCCGGGAGGAGUUCGCCGACGGAGAUACCUGGACGAGCCGCUGGGUGGAGUCAAAGCACAAAUCUGACUAUGGGAAGUUCAAGCUGACGGCUGGCAAGUUCUAUGGGGACAGCGAGAAAGACAAAGGAAUCCAGACAAGCCAGGACGCCCGCUUCUAUGCCAUCUCAUCCCGCUUUGAGCCUUUCAGCAACCGGGGCAAGACGGUGGUGGUGCAGUUCACAGUGAAGCACGAGCAGAACAUUGACUGUGGUGGGGGUUAUGUCAAACUCUUCCCGGCCAGCCUGAGUCAGGAGGACAUGCAUGGAGACUCUGAGUACAACAUCAUGUUUGGUCCUGACAUUUGUGGGCCUGGGACCAAGAAAGUCCAUGUGAUCUUCAACUACAAGGGCAAGAAUGUGCUCAUCAACAAGGACAUACGCUGCAAGGAUGACGAGUUUACCCACCUGUACACCCUCAUUGUCCGGCCCGACAAUACCUAUGAAGUGAAAAUAGACAAUGGCAAGGUGGAAUCGGGCAACCUGGAGGACGACUGGGACUUCCUGCCACCCAAGAAGAUCAAGGACCCUGAGGCCAAGAAGCCUGAGGACUGGGAUGAACGGGCCAAGAUUGAUGACCCCACAGACACCAAGCCUGAGGAUUGGGACAAGCCUGAGCACAUCCCUGACCCUGAUGCUAAGAAACCUGAGGACUGGGAUGAGGAGAUGGAUGGCGAGUGGGAGCCUCCGGUUAUCCAGAACCCCGAGUACAAGGGGGAGUGGAAGCCGCGCCAGAUUGACAACCCUGACUACAAGGGCAAGUGGGUACACCCUGAGAUCGACAACCCUGAGUACACGCCUGAUCCCAGUCUAUAUGCCUAUGACAGCUUUGGAGUUAUUGGCCUUGACCUGUGGCAGGUGAAGUCUGGCACCAUUUUUGAUAACUUCCUGAUCACAGAUGAUGAGAAGUUCGCAGAGGAGUUUGGCAGUGAGACGUGGGGGGCCACCAAGGAUGCAGAGAAGAAGAUGAAGGAGCAGCAGGAUGAAGAACAGCGCAAGAAACAGGAGGAGGAGGACAAGAAGCGGAAGGAGGAGGAGGGCGAGGCCGAGGGGGACGAGGAUGAGGAUGAGGAUGAUGAUGACGAGGAUGAGCCUGAAAAGGAGGAUGAAGAGGAGACAGAGGGGCCUGGGAAGGAUGAGCUGUGAGCACGCAGCUGUUGCUGCCCCCGCCUGCAGCAGCCGUGGGAAGGGGAUACUGUAAUGUCUCUAUGAGACCCGAACUUUCUUUUUUUUAUUGGUGUCUUUGUUUUGUUUCUGUUUUUGUUUUGGGGUUUGUUUUUUUUUUUUUUUUGUCCUUAUUCCCAUUUCCCCUCUUUUUCCCCCCCCCUUUUUUUUUUUUUUUGAAACAUGCCCCCAUUGCCAGUAUCAGCCCCGGUCCUGUGCAUAGAGAGGGCUAGGCCUUGGCCCUAACAGCAUCCAGGGUCUAACUUCCAGGAGUUCACCUGUUGAUAGCACUGGCUGCAAGGGAUUAGCAGUGGGCUGGCUUCUGGCAGCUUCUCUCUACGAAGCAGGGCAUGGAGGCUAGAAAUCAGCAUCUCUACUUCUCCCAGGCACCUCCCCUGCUCCCCCCACUCCCUUUUUAUUCCUUCCAAAUAGAAACUGUCCCCAGCCCCCUGCAGGCUUUCAGAAUAUGGGAAGAGGAAGCAGUGUGGGGGGUUGGGAUUGAUACUGGGGGUUGGGGAGCACCAUCCUGCAGGAGUUUCUCUUCCCAGCCCAAAGCUGCUGGGUCUCUACAGCAGGGCUGCAGCUGCCUGCUCCCUCUUUCAUCCCCAAAGCCGGCCCAGAAGUGGCACCUACUUUCAGCCGGCCUCUGAGCUGUGCCAUAUCCCUAAUGGGUAGCCUGCAUAACAGCCUGUUGCAUCUGGGGGUCCAAAGCACCUUUUUCUGUAACAGGUGGCUGGAGUCCCUAGGGAACUGCACAGGCCUUUUAGGUAAUGGGGGGGGGGGGGGCACUGCAGGGUAGAAUGUAAAGAGAAUCUCCUGGGUGAGGAUGCAGAGCUGUGGGGAGGGGGGUGGGGAGCAGAAGACUGCAGGGCCAGGCUUGUUCCUACUACUGGAACUGCACCUGGGGGUGGGUGAGUGUUUGAGGGCUCUGGUCACACUUGAAUGUAUUGAGGACUGAAGAAAAUUUCUAUUAAAUUAACUCUGUGUCUAACCCA